AUGAUGGUUAAGGAGUUGGAGUUAAUUGAGCAGUUCGGAGUAAUGAGUUUGGUUUGCAAAGUGACACCGCAGAGUGUAACGUUGGGUAUGUUGAAGAUUAACAAUGACUUUCUAGAUAGUAUUAGAGAAGCUCAGAAGAUAGAUGUGAAAUUAGUAGAUUCGAUGGUUGAAAUCGAUCAGUCUGAGAAUAAUGAUUUCAAGUUAGAUGCGCAAGGUGUGUUAAGAUUACGCAAUCGAAUUUGUAUUCUUAAUGAUGUAGAGAUGAAAAGACUGUUUCUUGAGGAAAGUCACAAAAGUAAUUUGAGUAUUCAACCGGGAGCUACUAAAAUGUGUCAAGACUUAAAGAAUUUGUUUUGGUGGCCUGGGAUGAAGUGUGACGUAGCGCAGUUUGUAUAUGCAUGUUUAACUUAUCAGAAGUUGAAAGUUGAACAUCAGAAGCCUGCAGGGUUGAUGCAACCAUUGGAAGUUCCAGAUUGGUAA